GUGUUAGUGGGUAGAGCGUGGGAUCAGAAAGAGAAAUAGACUCCUGAAAGAGGAAUCUUUAGUAGGGAGGGAUAUCAGCAGUGAAACAGUUGACCUGAUCUAACCUUUGAACUGUCCAAGAUGGCGUCCUCCUUCACUAGAAUGAUGUCUGGCCGUAACACGGCCAUGCUGUUGGCUAGCCUGGGAACAGGCACCAUGGCAACCUGCUACCUGAUGACCGACAGCAACAUCCUGUCCGCUGAGGAGAGGAGGAAGCUCUACCCACCCAGCGCUGACUUCCCUGACCUGAGGAGGCACAACAACUGCAUGGCGCAUGCCCUGACCCCUGCUAUCUACGGCAAGCUGAGAGACCAGGUGACCCCUAACAACUGGACCCUGGACCAGUGCAUCCAGACCGGAGUGGACAACCCUGGCCACCCCUUCAUCAAGACUGUCGGCAUGGUGGCUGGGGAUGAGGAGAGCUACAAGGUGUUCGCCGACCUCUUUGACCCCGUCAUUAAAGACAGACACAAUGGCUACGACCCCAAGACAAUGAAACACCCCACUGAUCUGGACGCAUCCAAAAUCACUAACGGUAUGUUUGAUGAGAAAUACGUUCUGUCGUCUCGCGUGCGUACAGGCCGUAGUAUCCGCGGUCUGAGCCUGCCCCCGUGCUGCUCCCGCUCGGAGCGCCGUGAGGUGGAGCGUGUUACCGUGCAGGCCCUGGCCGGCCUGAAGGGUGACCUGGCUGGACGCUACUACAGCCUGGGAGACAUGACCGAGAAGGAGCAGCAGCAGCUUAUUGAUGAGCACUUCCUGUUCGACAAGCCCGUCUCUCCUCUGCUGACAUCUGCCUUCAUGGCCCGUGACUGGCCUGAUGCCAGGGGCAUCUGGCACAACAAUGAGAAGACCUUCCUGAUCUGGGUCAAUGAGGAGGACCACACUAGGGUCAUCUCCAUGGAGAAGGGAGGAAACAUGAAAAGAGUGUUUGAGAGGUUCUGCAGAGGACUCCAACAGGUGGAGAAGCUGAUCCAGGAGAGAGGCUGGGAGUUCAUGUGGAACGAGCACCUGGGUUACAUCCUGACCUGCCCCUCCAACCUGGGCACUGGACUCAGGGCUGGAGUACACGUCAGACUGCCCAAACUCAGCAAGGACCCCCGCUUCGGUAAGAUCCUGGACAACAUGCGUCUGCAGAAGAGAGGGACAGGCGGAGUCGACUCGGCCACAACUGGAGACACCUUCGACAUCUCCAACAACGACCGUCUGGGAAAAUCAGAGGUGGAGCUGGUUCAGUUGCUGGUUGAUGGAGUCAACUAUCUGAUCGACUGUGAGAAGAGGCUGGAAAGGGGCCAGGACAUCAAGGUCCCCUCCCCCAUCGCCCAGUUCAGGAAGUAAAACACCUGCGCCCCACCUCUGAGAGGAAGUGACCUGCUCUGCGGUUAGAGAAAGCAAGAAGUGAGGCGCCAGGGGGGAGGAGCUAGGCCUGAUCCCUCCACUCGUGCCCAAACUGAGCCGUUUGGAGUAAAGUAGAAGUAGAAUGUCUUUCCACUAGUCCAGGUACAGGUGUUGGUGUAUUCCCCUUAUGGUUAAGGCUGGGGUUGGGGUUAUCAUAAUCUGAUCCUAGAUUAGUGAUUAGGAGCAACUUCUACCAGGAGCGAAAGUCUUACCUGUAACACUAACCUCAAUAAAAAUCAACCUUGAUAAAACCACUGAUCUCUGAUCAACAAAA